UCUCUCUCUCUCUCUCUCUCUCUUUACAGCAUCUCUCCUCCACUCGUACAUCAGCUCAUACGUCCUCCCGCUCCUCCUGCACACUCCUUGCCUAUUUUAAUUCGCCACCAAAGUCUUAUUUGCAUUGCACUUGCACCCUCUGGAUACAGUAUUGGAUUUUUAUUUUAUUUUUUUAUUUUUUAUUUUUUUUUGCAAAGCUUGCUGGCUGUGCUGCUCCCGGCUCCUCCUCGGAGACCAAACUAAAGGAUGGUCAGUCAGCAGAAGUGUUGGGAAGCCUUUAUUUUUUUCGCUGCCAAACCUUUAAUCGCUCUGGGGGCGAAAUAAACCUCGCUGACAGUGAAAUUAGUCCACAUCUUCUUUUUUUUUUCUUCCUCCCCACCUCUCUCUGUCUGUCUGUCUCUCUCUCUCUGUGUCUGUCUGUCUCUCUGAUAUGCAAUUAUUGUGCGCGGAUGGAGGUGACGUUCUUCGGAUUUGAUGCCAAAAUACUAAACAGUGCAAUCUGCGUGUGAGAUAUCUGGGAGAAGUUUGACUGCGCAUCGUCUUGUGUGGAAUGGGCGAUGGAAUGUGCUACAGCUUUGCAAUGAGACGUCUGUGGGUCUGUGUCUUGCUUGUGAGCAUCACCUGCCGUCUGAGCCUCUCCCAGGAUCUUGCUGGAACUCCCAAAGAGGCUGAGUUAAAUGACAACAUUACCAUCUUCACACGCAUCCUGGACGGACUGCUGGACGGAUAUGACAACAGACUCCGCCCUGGACUAGGAGAAAAGGUGACAGAGAUCAAAACCAACAUCUUUGUCACAAGCUUUGGUCCAGUCUCUGACACUGAAAUGGAAUACACCAUUGAUGUGUUCUUCCGUCAAAGCUGGAAAGAUGAAAGACUUUGCUUUAAAGGCCCAAUGGAGAUGCUCGCCUUGAAUAAUCUCCUGGCCAGCAACAUCUGGACUCCGGACACUUUCUUCCUCAACGGGAAGAAAUCCAUCGCGCAUAAUAUGACGACGCCUAACAAGCUACUGCGGCUGAAAGAUGACGGCACUCUGCUGUACACCAUGAGACUGACUAUAUCAGCAGAAUGCCCCAUGCAACUGGAGGAUUUCCCGAUGGACGCCCAUGCUUGUCCCCUUAAAUUCGGAAGCUAUGCGUAUCCAGUCUCUGAGGUGGUCUACAAGUGGACUAAAGGUGCCGCUAACUCAGUGGAGGUGGCAGAGGAAGGCUCUCGGCUCAAUCAGUAUCACCUGAUUGGUCAGACUGCAGGAACAGAGGACAUCUACACCAGCCGAGGUCAAUACACGGUGAUGAUGGCUCACUUUUACCUGAAGAGGAAGAUCGGCUACUUUGUCAUCCAGACCUACAUGCCCUGCUUCAUGACUGUAAUCCUGUCACAGGUGUCCUUUUGGCUCAACCGGGAGUCUGUGCCGGCACGUACAGUGUUUGGUGUGACCACAGUGCUCACCAUGACCACCCUCAGCAUCAGCGCUCGAAACUCGCUGCCUAAAGUGGCUUACGCUACAGCUAUGGACUGGUUCAUUGCAGUGUGCUAUGCCUUUGUCUUCUCUGCCCUCAUUGAGUUUGCCACCGUUAACUACUUCACCAAGAGGAGCUGGGCCUGGGAUGGAAAAAAGGCAAUGGAGGCCCAACAGCCCAAGAAGAAGGACCCUUUGGCUCUGUCCAAAAAACCAAACAACACCUGUUCGACCGGUGUGAAUUAUACAACCAACCUUACAAAGGACGCAUCCAUCUCUACUAUUUCAAAUAGCACGGCUGUACAGCUCAAACCUACUGAAACCAAGGCCCCAGACCCCAAAAAGACUUACAACAGUGUGAGCAAGAUUGACAAGAUGUCCAGAAUAGUGUUCCCGAUGCUGUUUGGGACCUUCAACCUGGUGUAUUGGGCCACGUAUCUCAAUAGGGAACCGGUGAUCAAAGGGGCUGUGUAAGCGCUGUCAUUGAUCCUGAUUUCAUAACUGGAACGUGAUCAAAAUGCCAGGCACUUAGUCCUUGUAUCAUAGAUGUGUUUUUUUAAAGGUCAUCUGAUAACAUUGCAUGUCUGUCGCUUCAGGAAAACGUUGCCAUGUUUGCCUUGAGUUUGUACAUGUAUGAUAAACAACUUUUCCUUAGACGGUUUCAUUUACCUCAUUUUAGAACUCCAGUCACUGAAUAGUUUCUGCCAGAUUCUGAUAUUUUAAAUGUUUUAGCAUUUGGCAUUUAUAUUUUCUUCUCGAGUCUAUAGUAGAUGAUGGUACAGCAAGGCCAAAUGCUAUGCAAAACAGCAUUUUUACUGUGUUAUUACUCAAAAGCGGCUUUUACCUUUAUAAGUCUUACUUUGUACAAAUGGGCCGGAGGUCCAGGUAUGCGAGGCUGGGCCCAGGCACAUGGAACUUUGCUUCCUUGUUAUAAGCAGAUGAAUAGCCAUGCUAAAUGUGUUGCCUUCAGAGUGUGAUAACUCAUUAUGAAUGCACUGAAAUCUCCUGCAGUUCAACGUUCAUUAAAUCAUUUUUGUUUGUUUGUUUUUCUUUCCUCCUCCAUUUUGAAUGACCAGUUUUCCUUAAAUAUAAUUCUUCUGUUUAUGUAAAGAUUACAUGGGGACAGAUUUCAAAGCUAAAAUCUAAAAGUUGUAGUGGCAGCUUCUGUUUCCGAGUUACCAUGUUGAGAAUCUUGUAUGUAUGUACGUAGUUUAAGGAACAUGUAUAUAUGCCCUGCUUUUAGAAAAGCACCACUAAGCCAGUAAGGUUAGCUUCUAUGUUAUGCAUAUACAGCAACACAGUGUUACUCUAGUCUAGUGCUUCAUUGACUGGAUAUUGAGAAAUGAGCAGAAUAACUUGAGCUUUAGCAAUUUUGACAAAAUAUACAAUGUUUUUUUUAAAAAUAUUUUUGUUUUGUUUGUUUUUUUAGAUCAGUUUGUUGUUUCUAUACGCUUUGAUGAUAACUUGCAAAUAUUCUUGAUAAAUAUUUGGAUGCUUUGAGCAGAAUCACUUUUUUGUCAUAAUUUAGACGGACUUGAGCUUAUCAGGUUAUCAGGCGAAUCAAAGAGACAGAAAGUCACAUCGACCAGGUUAUUGUAUUUUGACC